AUGAACUUAAUAACUCUUCAGAUAAAAUGUUGCGGGGUUGUCGGACCACUGGACUACUACCACAGUUUGUGGUUCAACAGCAGUAAAGACGUGGAAACUGACUUCGUACCUGAAUCCUGCUGCAAACCUUUCCAAAACAGUGACCUCGAUCCACAAUCUAUCAAUUUCAACGACGACGAUCACUUUUCCAAUCAUUUUCUCGACCACGAUCGCACCUACCACAGCGGCCAAAACAACGGAUUCGGUGGAAGUUUCGAAGAAUCAAUUCAAAAGAAGCGACAAGAUUUUGAUAAUUACAUUUAUCAUAACGAUGAUAGCAGCUUGCAUCUGCUCGGUCGUGUUGACGAUGAGGCGUUCUACAAUGAUUUCGAUUCCAUUAAACGUUAUCAGGCAGACUACAACAAACACGUAACGCACGGCAACACGAAUUACAAUUAUAAAUUGCAUGAAACAGUAAAAAAAAAUUUACGCAACAGCUACAACCUACCGAACAACAACUACGACAUGCACAACAACUACAACACACACAACAGCUACAAUUUACACAACAACACAUGGCGCAACAACAAACGUCAAUUAACCUCUGAACCAGCCGAUGGAGUUUAUAGUGGCAAUAACAAUGAUCAGGUGGAUAGCAGCGUCAAUAACAUUUAUCACAACAACAACAUCAUCAACAACAACAUCAACAAUAAUUUUGUAGACAACAGUUUCGAAAACAAAAUCAACAACGACCAUAUCAACAACUUUGACAACAACAAUAAGAAAUGGCAAGACACUACAGAGCCAUCUUUAGGAAUAAAUUUUGGCUUUUCUUCGAACACACGAAUAAAAAACAGUUUAGGUGAUAAAAACACCAACACCAAAAAACAUUUCAAAAACAACAACAAUUUCAACAACAACAACAGUUAUCACAUCAACAAUAACAUGGAUAAAUUAUAUAAUGUAAAAAAUCAUCACAGCAAAAAAUUUAGCUUUAAUAAUAAGAACAAUAAGAUGAACGCGGCACAACUGCACAACAAGAACAACAACAAAACAAUUUUCAUCAGGACAAUAAGCAAACGUCACGCCAGACAGUUCGGAGGGAAAAAAUAUCGCAGGAAAUUAGAAAACAACAAAUCGCCGUCAUCUCAUUCAUCGUCAUCACCAUCGUCCUUGAAGAAAGGUUACAUGUGCCAGCUGGAUGCCAUGAAGUUCCAGUUCAUAAAUGACCAAGGUGGAGAUUACGUCUACAAACAGGGAAUUCCUGCGUUGACUUUUAAAAGGACGGAUGAGUUGUCAGGAAAAAAGACCAAAAAGGAGCGAAACAUUCAAAAGCACACCUGGCCCAAAAUAUUUUAG